AUGGACAGUUCAGGACAUCCCACGCUGAAGACUGAGAAUGGAUGGAUACACCAGCCCCCUGGCGGAGGCGGGGGGUUACCGCCGGGGCCUGGGGGCGGAAAGGGGCGCGCGGGGGAGGGGCUGGCGGAACCCCCGAGCGGGAUGCCGCCUGGCGGAGAGGGGGGGCAGGGUCCUCCUGGCGGAGGUGGGGGACAGGAGCCCCUUCCGCCGGGCGGAGGUGGGGGAAGCGGGCCCCUUCCGCCUGGCGGGGGUGGGGGAAACGGGCCCCUUCCGCCGGGUGCAGACGGGGGAACCGGGGAAGCGGCUGGGGAUUCUUUGCCCGUGAAUGUGACGGCGGAACAAGGCGAAAUCCUGAGGGCGUGUGGCGAAGAGAUGGGGUUACCAGAGGGCAUGUGGUACCCUGGCGUGCCCUGCAACCCAGAGUCGUCCAUCAAGUGCGGGACUGACAGCAAUGCCAUCGGCAUAGUCCUACACGAGAGGAUUCUUUCCGGAUCCAUAUGCUCCAAUAUUGGCCUCCUCACCACACUGCUUAGGCUUGACUUGGGCAACAACUCGUUAUCAGGCUCGCUUCCUUCCAGCAUUGCCAGCCUCACACAGCUUAACCCCCUGGAUCUCCGAAACAACCACAUCAACGGAACCAUCCCAGCCACCCUCUCUCGCCUUACCACCCUGCAAAUCCUGAACCUUGCAAACAACAGGUUUAGCGGAGUUCUUCCCUCCUCCAUCUACUCCCUAACGUCCCUCAAACAGUUGGACAUUUCAGGCAACUCAAUUCAAGGCUCCCUGCCCCUCUCAGUUAGCACUCUCACCUCUGUGCAUACGCUGGACGUCUCAGGCAACUCAUUUCGAGGCUCUCUGCCCCUCUCACUCAGCUCUCUCACCUCUCUGGAGACGCUCAACGUGGGCAGCAAUGGGUUCACGGGUACCAUCCCCUCCUCUCUCAGCCUCCUCACCGACCUCACUAGCCUCGACUUAAGAAACAACUAUUUCUCGGGCUCUCUUCCCCCGUCCCUGGCAAAACUCACUGCCCUCGUCACUCUUCGCCUUGGUGGCAACAUGUUGGGAGGAACAAUACCGUCGCAAAUCGGGGCUCUUACCAACCUCAACGUUCUUGACGUCUCUACCACUGCUAUUCAAGGUGUGCUUCCCCCCAGCAUUGGCAGGCUUACCGGCCUCACAGAGCUCGACACGAGGGGCACGGGGAUCACAUGCCCAUCAGCAGCAGGGCGACCACCGUGUGUGGUGUGGCAAACCCCCUCCUCUCAAUUCUGCCUCACCUGUCCCGCCUUCUGCACCAACUGCUCCACUGCCGGCCUGCCACCUAAGCUGG